CUUUAAUUUUAGUUGCUAUAAGGUUUUUAAGAAAUGUAAAUGUUAUGAAUCUUGAAGAGUUAGAGGAUUCAUUUUGGUAUCGUAUUAAUAUAAAUCAAUAUGAGCUAGCAGAUGCUAUUUUACAAGUGAUAAGAAAUGUCUCACAGGAUAAUUACAAAGAUCUUCUUGUUUCUCUUAUAUUACGAACAUCUAAAUAUCAGCAAAGAACUGAUUCAUUAGAGGAGUAUUUGCAUUCUUGGAUUGCCUUAAGAGAAUAUGUGAAAAAUGAAGUUAUACUGAGUCAGACACAUGUAUUGUGUCCAGAAAGAGAACGAAAUGAACUUGAAUUUCAAAUGAUUUUAAAAUCAAAUAAGAAAGAAAUUGAUGCCCAAUCUGCAAAUAUUUUAAAGGAAUUGUUUUCUUGUCAAGGAUCUUCUAACAAAACUGUAAAUUUAUCACAAGCAACAUCUUUCAUUAAAAAAUUAGUAGAUUGUGAUGUGGAACUAUGUUUCAAUAUUAUUGAAUUGUUAUCACAUCAUGAAAGUAUUAGAGCUUUUGGAUCACAACUUUUAAAAAAUGAGGUUGAAUGUUUAUUAUUAAAUGAUAGAUUUGCAAAAUCUUUAUCGUUGUUAUCUGUUGGCAAGAAGUAUUUAGAUUAUAAUGACAAAAAUCAAAUGGACAUUUUGAAGAAAUUUCUUUAUGAGUUAUUGAAGCAAAAUAAAUUUGGGGUGGUCGACAGUUUAUCUGUUUCAUUAGUUACAAAAUUUAAGCUUGUUCAGUUUAUUGAUAUCCAAGUUCAAGAUUUUAUUUUAGCAUCAGUGAAACCAAUAAACAAUGACCCUGGCAGUAUAGAACUUGCAGAAAUCAUAGCUAGAGCGAUUGGUUAUCCAAAUAGGGAUGACUGGUUUUUGUUAGUUUUAUUGUGUAUCGAUAAAAAACUUCUUCUUUUGCAAAAUAUUCUGGAUACUUGUUUUUAUUUAGUAAGUGAGGGUCAACAUAAGUGUGCAGCUUCUUUGUUAUCUUCUCCUUGUUUAAGUCCUCUUAAAAAUCUUGUCUUGCUUGCUUCUUGGUCAAAUUGUGCAACAAUGGAUGAAGCUGUGGACUUGUUAGAUCAUUUUCAUGAUUCCAAACUAGAGAAAGAAAACUUUCUUUCAAGCAGUGUGGAGAAGCUCUCUAAUCAAGUAAAUCUUAUGCAACGGUGUUUUUCAAAAAUGAGUGAAAUACUUGGAAAUAAACUAGACUCUUCUAUAUUUAAAUUGGCGCUUUGCCAAAAAGAAUUGAGUUGUGCUUUAUUUGUUCUCAAUGAAACUAAUCUGUUAAAAGAAAUGAAGUUUGAUGGUAUUAUAGACAUCUUGCAAAUGCAACCUGUUGAUGGAUUUGAUGGAUCAAUGCAGUCAGAAGAAAUUAAUAUUUAUUGCAGUUUUACUAUAAUCAAGCAGUUGUUAAACAUUAUCAUGGCCCCUUUUACCGGUGUUUUAAAGGACAAAAAUGGUGUUAUUUUGCCUUAUUCAGUUGAUUUAGUUUGUGAUUACUUUUAUAAACUUAAGGCUGAUGUUGAAAAAAUAGAGCCUUUGGAAUUGCGCAUUGAACUUCUUGAAAAUAUUUUCUCUCUUUUAUUUUUAAGAACUGAAGAUCUAAAAGAUCCCAAGAAAAAUGAUUGUGAAAGCCCUCAUGAGCUUACACUUAAUAGUUCAUCCCCGAGUCUAGAUUCACCAAAUAUUUGUGGUAAUAAUUCUUUUAGUAUGACAAAUAACAAUUUUCCCAGUAGAACACCUUUAUUAUUAAAUACUAAUGAAUCUUAUAAAAAAUCAGAGGUGAAGCAAGAAAGUUUAAAGAUGAAGUUCAGUAACAUAUUGGGUUUGAUUGGUUCAUCUAAAACAUUUCUUUGUGAGCAAAAUACUGUAGAAAAAAUUCUUCAACUUGUUAGUGAGUGUUUGCUAUCUGCAAAAUCAAAGAUAGUGUACAAAAGUGAAGUAGAUGAAAAAGAAAAUAAAUUGCGAUAUCGUCUUUCUCGACUUUUACAGUAUAGCCGCGAGGCACAAUGGAGACUGGAAAUUGCAUCUGGGUUUAACCAAUCAGCUUCAAAAUCAUCUUUUCAAAAUUUGCUACCUAAUUCUUUUAAAAAUCACAUUGUUGGACAAAUGCUAGCAUCACCAGCAUCCUUAGUCCAUUUAACUCUGCAGAAACGUGAGACAUUUCAAGCUAAACAAGUUAUUAAAAUGUUUGACCUUAAAGAUGAUAGCUGUGUUGAUGAAGUUAAUUUUAUCGAAGAAUUUUCUAAUGUAUCUAAAAACCUACUUCAAAUUUCACAGCCUGACACAAGCAAGAAAAUGGGAUCAACUCUUGAUCAUGUAAGAUCUGUUGCCUCUGCUGGAAAAACGUCAUUUGACAAUAUACAAAUGAUAAAUCAAUUACUUGGUCAUUCAUUUUUCAACCACUCAUUUUCAAGUUUGUUAUCCUCCCUUGCAGUAUGUGUGGAUUUAAUGUUUCAUUCUCCUUUGGUGUUUAACGUAUGUAAAAGUAUUUUUGAGAUCAUCGAACCUAAGUGUGAUACUACUGUUCACUCUUCUGAUCAACAUUUAUAUUAUCAAAUGCUUGAUAAAAUUAAUGGUCUUAAAUGUUUACUCAAUGCUGCUUCUUUAAAGGAAAUGGAUUUUUUUGAGUACCUUGGACAGAUAAAACCUUUGGGAAUAUCUUCUUUUGUUUUACAUUUUCCUUUAUUUAUGGAUGUUGAAAAAGUAUCCUUGUUGAACUUCCUCAUAACACAAGGGAUGAAGUUAUUUUCAAAUAUAUCCAAUCACAUAAAUAGUUUUCAUAAUCUGUCCAAUCACAUUAAACAGGGUCAAGAUAGAAGUAGUUUAACAUCAUUUUCCAAAGAAUUUCAUCAAGUUAUCACUCAGUAUUGGAAUGUUCCUCAUGCAACUGAUUACUUUCGAUCUUUGUUUAAGUAUGUUGAAAAAUUAGCAGCCUUGCAAUCAGAUAAAAAUAAAUCCUUUAGAAAUAAUGAAGAUCCAUUUUCAGUAUUCAAUAAUGAUAUUGUGAAGAUACUUGGAGCAUUAUUAUUCAAGUCUGAGGUAUUGCCUAACAAUCUUGAAAGCUUUGCAAAAAGGUUUCACAUCAAUCUUGUUAAAGUCAUAGCUAGUGGUUGUGGUUUUUCAGUACCUUUGAUAUCAAAAAGUUUACAUUUUAGUUAUAAUGAAUUAUUUAAAGAAAAAGUAAUUUUAAAUAGUACUCAAGAUUAUUUACUGCUUCAAAAAACAGAAGAUCCUUUAUUUAUUACCGAAGGCUUGCUAAAUCAUUUUUUGGAAAUGUUAUCUAAUAUGAAUUCUCCUCCUUUAACUGCUUCUGAAAUAUGUCAAUACACUCAAUCAUAUGCUCAAGAUCUAAUUAAAGUAGAUAUUAAAAAGCUUGAAACAAGCAUAGAAAAAAAAGUUUUUUUUAUUAACUUGUAUAAUUUAUUGCUGCUUCAUGGUGUUUUGCUCAUUGUUUCUGGGAAGUUUUCUAUUCCACAAAAGAUACCACUAAAUGAAAUAUUGUUUUUGCUUUGUCAAUCUAAUUCUCUUUUAGCGAUAUUAACUUCUUUUGCAUAUCAAGUUGGUGAUCAAGUUUAUACUGCUUUUGAUAUUUAUAAGCAAUUAUUUCCUUCUCAAGAUGACUUGUCAAGUUUGCUUUUACUUUCAAAUGGAUCAAUUUUUUCUCCAAACAUCCAGGUUGUAACUCCAAGCACCCUCUCGGAUCUACUUAAGAAGUCCUUAAGCACACAUGUUAAAUUUGAGUUUAAAAAAGUUUUUCUUUCAAAAACGCUGGUUACUCACAUUCAUUUUAUGGAUCAAUACGUUUUCCAUUCAGGUGAUAAUCUAAUUUCUUUAGAAAAGUUGCAGAAUGUGUUUAAACAUUUUUCUACUCCGACUGAUUUUACUACUGCUCUUCAAGAUAAUUAUGAGAUAAUUGUUGAUCCCAAAGUCAACCAGUGUGACCAAUAUCAGACAAAUAAUGAUUUUAAUUUUUUAGCAGAAUCAAAUUUUAAAUUUUCAAAUUCAAUUAAUGAUUACCUUGUAAAAACUUGUCCUCUUGCUGGAACAAUGAUGCAUCUUCAUUUAAAAUGGUAUUCCAUCAUGCAACAAUUUUCACUUGAAUCCAAAUUAAUGUUUUUAGAAGAUGAGCUAUCUAGAUUUAGUUCAUUAUCUUCAAAUUAUGCUGUUAUUAAUAGUUUUUUUGUUGAAAUGACUACGCGACAUUCUAGGCUGUUAAACUCAAUCUCUUCAAAUUACAGUGCAGAUGUAAUACAAGAAGAAACUUUGUAUAGUUCUUUAAAAUUUAAUUUUUCACAAGAUUUAAUAUGGACAAUGAAACAAAGUAUGUGGUCAGUUUUACUUAGUUUUUUAAUCGAGUACAGUUCUUUUUCCAAGCAAGUUCACAGGCUGUUUGACUCACAUUUAGAUCUACUAAAUUUACUUUCAUUUGAUGUAUUUGAUUCGCUUGUAUAUAAUGCAAUAUAUGAAAUCAAAGUUUUACUUAAUGAACUUAUUGGUAAUAAAUACACUGAUAAUAGUAAUAUUUCUAAAAUUAAUGAUCAUCAGUUCAAAUUAAAGAGGUUAUUAUUGCUUAUAAAGAAGCCAGAAAAACAAAUUGACAGAGUAAAAUCAUCUAUAAAGUUAUUAUCUGCAAAAGAUGCAACAGACUUGCUAAAAAUAUGGCUAAAAAGUGAAAAGUUGUGUAAAAAUAUGCAAGUUGUUCUUAAAAAGAAGUUUAGUGAAAUUGAAUGGUUUGAAAAGAUUAACAAAGCAUGCAAAAUUAAUUUUUAUGAUACUUGGUAUGAUAUUAAAGUUUUGUUUAAAAUGAAUCCUCAAAAUUUGAUAUCUCGAUUAAUUUCUAUUGAAAAAUAUGAUUUAUUGGAUGAAUGGAAAACAUUGUUUUCUAUGAAAAAUGAACAUCUACAGCAAUGCAUUGAAGCCAAACUUGAUUAUUUAGUUGAAAACUGUGCGGACCAGUUGACUAUUUUUGAUGUUUUAAUAAACAUUAAAGACUUAAAAAUGUGUUUAACUAUCUGUGAACUUGUUUUACAAAAAAGAACAGACUCAAAAAGUUAUUAUUCCAAAAGUUUACUUUAUGUAAUUGAACACAUGUUAAAACAUGAAUUGCUUUCUCCUGUUUUGAAAUUAACAUGUUUAAAAAAUAAAAUUGGUAUUCAAUGUAUUGAAUUAAUGAGUUGCGAAUUUUCUGAUGAGUACAAACAUCUACAAUCAGUGCCACAUAUUUUGCUGGAGCAGUUAUUGAUGAAUGCAAAAGUUACUAUUGCUGGUCAGGUUGUUAAUCUUAUAAGGAAAUUGGGUUCAUCAGAAGUUAUGCUUCGCCCUCUUUUUAAAGACUGUGAUGAUUUGAUAGAAAAGUAUGCUUCCUUUUCACUUGAUAUUAAAGAAGUUGAUUCUGAUAAAAUCUCCACACCAGUUCAAAGUCCAAAAGUUAGAAGGAAGACUAUGAAACGUUCUCCAUUACCUUCUUCGAUUUUGCCAACAUCUCCUUCAGAUCAAACUGAUCAAGUGAAAGAAAGAAAUUUAAGUAUGUCUUACUCUAAAGAAAAACAUGAGUUUGUACCCCCUAUAGAAUCUGUAGACCGAAGUAGCUGGGUGAAAGAUUCACAAGUGACAACAUGCAUGCAGUGCAAUGAAUUGUUCAAUAUGUUUAACCGGCGUCAUCAUUGUCGACAUUGUGGUCGGGUUGUUUGUUCAACUUGUUCUGACUUUACAUGCUAUGUACAGCAAUACAAAAAAAAUGAAAGAAUAUGUUUAGUUUGUGCACAAUAUGUCUACAAUUCACCUGUAGAAAACGUUGACAAUAACUUUUUAGUAACAACAACUCCAAGGCCUUUACCAAAAAGUUCAAAAACUUCAUCUGAAAAAACAAGCAGCAAUUUUGAGCUAGAUAAAACAGAAUGGAAAUUAUAUACUGAUCCAAAUCAAAAUAAAUCAGUUUAUGAUAACUUUUACUAUGAGCAGGCCCCUAACGCUCCACUUUGUUUAUCUAUUAUUGACCUACACAGUAAUGACAAAGCUGCAGGUGGACUUUUAGUAAAGUUUUGCAACAAUCUAUCUCAGCACUUUCAUUCUAGCACUGAAUAUGACUUUAAUAUGAUUGUUGGGAUAAUUGAAUUUAUUUUGAAACAUGCUAAAUUGAAGUUUUCAAAGUCUGGAGAUGAUGGUGGUAUAUCCAUGUGUGAUUUCCAACUGUCAUAUGUUGAAGUUCUAAAAAUUCUAUUAGCAGCAAAUUGGCGUGAAGUACCUUCGAGUCAAGAUUUUACUAAUCCUGAUUGUUUGAGAAUGCUACGUGAAAAGCUCAUGGAACAGGAAAGAUUUUCUCUUGCUUUAGAAAUAACAAAUAAAGCGGGUUUAGACUUAGUACCUGUUUUUUUCAAAAUGGGCAUGGCAAAGUUAAAAUCUGGCUAUCUUGAAGCAGCGCGAGAACAUUUUUCUCAUUGUCUUACUGUAACCCAGGGUAUCUCAGGAAACUCGUUUUUGCCAAACACUUAUUAUUUAGAGAAGAUUGUGCAUUUAAUAGAAAGUUCUCCUCUUUUGCUUCAUCCAUUUCAUUUAUCUAGAGACAUCACAGCUUCACCUGUAGCCUUUCUUCAAGAACAGAGCAAGAGUUUUAUAGGUGAUUUUGGUCUUGAUAAACCAAGAUAUGAAGAGAUUCUAUAUUAUCUCAAUACUUAUGGCUCACAUGUUCAGACCAUAACAUUUUUUUUGCGUCAUCGUUUGCUGAAAAAUGCUGUAAUGUUUGUAAAGGAUCAUAAAUGUUCCCAUGAAGUUUUUACAAAACAUCUUUUAUUGCCUUCCUUUAAAGAAGGAUGCUUUGAACAGCUGUUUGAAGAGCUUAGAAUGAGUGACUCAAUGUUACGUUUCUGGGAAAUGUACUUUGCUAACGCAUGUAAAGAUCUAAGUAGACUAGGCUAUUAUAAUUGCCUUUUAGAGCUUCAAAUUGCUAUUAAGGAUUAUUUUCGAGCUGCAUUAACUUGUGUUAGGUUUUAUUUGGGAACUAACGGCCAACCACCUUGCUCAUUUGGUGACCUUAUUUCUAGAAAAAAACAUUUAUUAAAUGCUUCCAAAUACUUAGAAGUUGUUAUAAAGGAUAGAAGCAGUGGUUUUGUCUGCCAUAUUGGUGCUUCAUUUUUAGGAGAUGAAAAAUUGCAUGCUAAUAGAGAAAUAUCUAUAAGUGAGAUGAAGCGAUAUUUAAUCACUGUAAAUAUGCAAAUGGAGGUUACAGAGUUCAUGUAUAAUUUGGAAGUGACUGGAGGAAAAUAUGAAGGAAAACCUAUACCUACAUUGUUUGGAAAUGGUAAAGAGAGAUCAGAAUUAGCUGUGAAAAUAUUAGAAAGCUCUUCGCUUAAUGGAUUGUCACUUGUGUCUCGAAUAAUACAGGAAUUUAAGUUACCGGCUGCUGCAAUAUUCCGACAUUCUAUUUCAAAAUUAGUGCAAAAAAUGCAAUUAGAACAAGCUAAUUCAAUCCUCCAAAAUAUUGAGCAAAAUGGUAUGGUCACACAGCAAGAAAAAGAUGAAAUAUUGAUGCAAGUUGUGAAUGUUAUUUCAGCCAGUGACCAGUUAAAAAACGCAAACCAUUUUUUAAAACAAAUUAAAGAUGAUGUGAAAAAGAUAAGAGCCUUAAUUUUGUGCGGACGCUUAAAAGAUGCUUAUUUGGAAGCCGUAAAAAAAGAUUUGGUUUUUGAAAUCCAAAAUAUACUUGAUAACGCAAAAAAAGCACCAAACCAAAAGAAUAUGGUAGAAAUUUGCGAAAAAUGGCUAAAAGCUUAUCAAGAGAAAAAAGAAAAACGUUUCAACGAAACUACAGGAUUAUCAAAAAAGAAAUAAUAUCAGAUCAGCAACAACAAAAAAAAAGAACAAAUCAAAUAACGAAUGAGUUAAAAAAAUUUUACUAUUUAUUUUACGAUUUUCUUGAUAAACAUUUUGUAUAAGCAUAAAUAAUCUUAUUUUUUUUA